CUGCCAGCCUGCAGGGCGAGCAGUUCGGCCCUGAGUUCACCCGGGCUUCAGCGUCGAGCGAGCAGGAAAACUUCCAUCUCGCUCUCCUGGCUUUGAUCCUCCCUGGACAUCAGAGCAGAGGCGCCGAAGGGAGGGAGGAUGCGAGAUGACUGGCGCUUUGGCAACCUGACCAUCUCCUCAGCAGAGCCGUCAGAAGCGAGCUGGGCGCUGGCUGCACCACCCAGAGGCGCCGCGGCUCUCGCGGAUGUGUGCGCGCGCGAGUGAGCGAGCGGGUGUGCAUGCCUGAGAGUGUGUAUGUGUGUGGAUGGGUGUGUGCGCAUUACGACCGUGUGUGAGUGUGUCUGGAUGAGUGUGUGCGUGCAUGCGUGAGUGUGUGUGUGUGCACGCGCGCGCGUGUGUGCGAGUGCUCUUGGUUAUUUUUGGGGGGAGAAGAAAAAUCUUGGAAAUCUGGGACAGGUUACCGACUCCUAGAGUGAUUCGUUUGCAAGAAGAGCUGACCGGAGCGAGCUUCUAGAGCCAUUUCUGCGCGAGUAAAGAGAUUUUCCUCCCAGAAGGAGAAGGAUUUUUACCCGUGUUCUGCAGCCCAGUAAGAGAUCAGCCCCUAAACCUGGGAAAUUGACCAGAGCCCUGUGAUUCCCAGGGCUUGAGGAGGACUGGGGAAGAAAAGGAGAAAUAAAUCAAACAGCGUGUCAGUUCCUUUGGCCACAUCAGAAGAUGUCAUCUCAAACUAAGUUCAAGAAAGACAAAGAGAUCAUUGCUGAAUAUGAAGCCCAAAUAAAAGAGAUCCGCACGCAGCUGGUAGAGCAGUUCAAAUGCCUCGAGCAGCAGUCAGAGUCUCGGCUGCAACUGCUUCAGGACCUCCAGGAGUUCUUCCGAAGGAAAGCUGAGAUUGAGCUGGAGUACUCCCGAAGCCUGGAGAAGCUGGCCGAGCGGUUCUCCUCCAAAAUCCGAAGUUCCCGGGAGCACCAGUUCAAGAAGGACCAGUACCUCCUGUCACCGGUGAAUUGUUGGUAUCUGGUCUUACAUCAGACCCGGCGGGAGAGCCGAGACCAUGCCACCCUCAAUGACAUCUUCAUGAAUAAUGUCAUUGUCCGCCUCUCCCAGAUCAGCGAGGAUGUCAUCAGACUCUUCAAAAAGAGCAAGGAGAUUGGCCUGCAGAUGCACGAGGAGCUCCUGAAGGUGACCAACGAGCUGUACACAGUCAUGAAAACCUACCACAUGUACCAUGCGGAGAGCAUCAGUGCAGAAAGCAAGCUAAAGGAGGCCGAGAAGCAGGAGGAGAAGCAGUUCAACAAGUCAGGAGACCUCAGUAUGAACCUGCUCCGGCACGAGGACCGGCCCCAGCGCCGCAGCUCUGUGAAGAAGAUUGAGAAGAUGAAGGAGAAGAGGCAGGCAAAGUAUUCCGAGAACAAGCUGAAGUGCACGAAGGCCCGGAACGACUACUUGCUCAAUCUGGCAGCCACCAAUGCAGCUAUCAGCAAAUACUACAUCCAUGAUGUCUCUGAUCUCAUCGAUUGCUGUGAUCUGGGCUUUCACGCCAGCCUGGCCCGCACCUUCCGGACCUACCUCUCUGCCGAGUACAACCUGGAAACCUCUCGCCAUGAGGGACUGGACGUCAUCGAGAAUGCAGUGGACAACCUAGACUCCCGCAGCGACAAGCACACGGUCAUGGACAUGUGCAACCAGGUCUUCUGUCCUCCGCUCAAGUUCGAGUUCCAGCCCCAUAUGGGGGAUGAGGUGUGCCAGGUCAGUGCCCAGCAGCCUGUCCAGACAGAACUGCUCAUGCGGUACCACCAGCUUCAGUCCAGACUGGCCACGCUCAAGAUCGAGAAUGAGGAGGUUAGAAAAACCCUGGAUGCCACCAUGCAGACCUUACAGGACAUGCUGACGGUGGAGGACUUUGAUGUCUCUGAUGCCUUCCAACACAGCCGGUCCACAGAGUCAGUGAAGUCAGCCGCCUCGGAGACCUACAUGAGCAAGAUCAACAUUGCCAAAAGAAGAGCCAACCAGCAGGAAACAGAGAUGUUUUAUUUUACAAAAUUUAAAGAGUAUGUAAACGGCAGUAACCUCAUUACCAAGCUCCAGGCCAAGCAUGACCUGCUCAAGCAGACUCUGGGCGAAGGGGAAAGAGCAGAAUGUGGCACCACCAGCAGACGAGAUGGAAGGCUUAGGCUGCCCCACUUCCCUUGGCUGAGCUGUCCCCCUGCUCCCCACUUCCUGCCCCACCCAGCACUUCAAGGAAGAAGAAAUGCUCGAACCAGGAACCAGGAUUCAGGACAAGCUAUUCCACUUGUAGUUGAGAGCUGCAUCCGAUACAUCAAUUUAUACGGACUUCAGCAGCAGGGGAUCUUCAGAGUCCCAGGAUCUCAGGUCGAAGUCAAUGACAUCAAAAAUUCCUUUGAGAGAGGUGAAGACCCACUUGUGGAUGAUCAAAAUGAGCGAGAUAUCAAUUCAGUCGCUGGUGUUUUAAAACUGUAUUUCCGAGGACUGGAAAACCCACUCUUUCCUAAGGAAAGGUUUCAAGAUUUGAUAUCUACUAUUAAACUGGAGAACCCAGCCGAGAGGGUGCACCAGAUCCAGCAAAUCCUCAUCACCCUGCCCCGUGUGGUCAUUGUGGUCAUGAGAUACCUCUUUGCUUUCCUCAAUCACCUCUCCCAGUAUAGCGACGAGAACAUGAUGGAUCCUUACAACCUGGCCAUCUGCUUUGGGCCCACCCUCAUGCACAUCCCCGAUGGGCAGGACCCUGUGUCCUGCCAGGCACACGUCAAUGAAGUCAUCAAAACCAUCAUCAUCCAUCACGAAGCCAUCUUCCCCAGCCCCCGGGAGCUCGAGGGACCCGUGUAUGAAAAGUGCAUGGCUGGAGGGGAAGAGUAUUGUGACAGCCCACAUAGUGAGCCAGGGACUAUCGAUGAAGUUGACCAUGACAAUGGCACAGAGCCUCACACUAGUGAUGAAGAAGUGGAGCAAAUUGAAGCCAUUGCCAAGUUUGAUUAUGUGGGGCGGUCCCCACGUGAGCUGUCCUUCAAGAAGGGGGCCUCGCUGCUCCUGUACCACCGCGCCUCGGAGGACUGGUGGGAAGGCCGUCACAACGGUGUGGAUGGACUCAUCCCCCAUCAGUACAUAGUUGUACAGGACAUGGAUGAUGCCUUCUCUGACAGCCUGAGCCAAAAGGCUGAUAGCGAGGCCAGCAGUGGACCACUGCUGGAUGACAAGGCCUCCUCCAAGAAUGACCUCCAGUCCCCCACGGAGCACAUCUCAGACUACGGCUUUGGGGGGGUGAUGGGCCGAGUGCGGUUACGAUCGGACGGAGCAGCCAUCCCCAGGCGCCGAAGUGGGGGCGACACGCACAGUCCACCCCGGGGCCUGGGCCCCAGCAUAGACACGCCACCCAGAGCUGCCGCCUGCCCUAGCAGCCCCCACAAAAUCCCCCUCAGCCGGGGGAGGAUGGAGAGCCCUGAGAAGAGGAGGAUGGCGACAUUUGGGAGUGCUGGCAGCAUCAACUACCCUGACAAGAAGGCUCUCUCCGAAGGCCACUCGAUGCGGUCUACCUGCGGCUCCACCCGGCACAGCAGCCUAGGGGACCACAAGUCCCUGGAGGCCGAGGCCCUGGCAGAAGACAUCGAGAAGACCAUGAGCACCGCUCUGCACGAGUUGCGUGAACUUGAGAGGCAGAACACGGCCAAGCAGGCACCAGAUGUGGUGCUGGACACCCUGGAGCCCCUGAAGAACCCACCAGGCCCCAUCAGCUCAGAGCCCGCCAGCCCUUUGCACACCAUUGUCAUCCGAGACCCUGAUGCCGCUAUGCGCCGCAGCAGCAGCUCCUCCACCGAGAUGAUGACCACCUUCAAGCCAGCCCUGUCUGCCCGCCUGGCCGGUGCUCAGCUGCGCCCGCCCCCCAUGCGGCCAGUGAGGCCAGUGGUCCAGCAUCGGUCCAGCAGCAGCAGCAGCUCAGGGGUGGGCAGCCCAGCUGUGACGCCCACUGAGAAGAUGUUUCCCAACAGCACCACAGACAAGUCGGGCACCAUGUGACCUGGGGGAAGAGCAGCAUCGCCCUGCUCCACUGUGGCACACUGUGGCUUAGGGUGGCCUCAGUGGUUGCCACUUGCUUCCCAGAGAUCCUGGCCUUGGAAGGCAGAGCCUGGGAGGUCAGCCUGGGAGAGGGCGUGUCAGCGGAGAGCCAAGGCCCAGGCAUUAGCUGCAGCUCACACUCAGCCAUGUGAAUCCCACAGACCUCUUGUGUACAGACACCCUGAGGAAUGCUAGAGUGAGAGCAGCCCCAAGUACAGCUUCCCCAAGAUUGAGGCGGAAUGCUAGACAGCGCCUCUGGCAUACCGAACUGGAAGAUUAGUCUCUCAACAGUCUCUCUACAUACCUGUAUGUGUGUGUAUACAUGUGCAUAUAUAUGCAUAUGCACAUGUCAUAGGUGUGUGUGUGUAUAUAUAUAUAUUUAUGCAUCUAUAUACAUAUACUAGAUCUGGACACACACACAUGCUAAAUGUAUAUAGUAUUUCCUUUUUCUUUUUAUGAAACUUAGAUUUACCUCAGACCCAUGCCACCAAACAUCUCCCACUGUUAUUUGGUGGGAUUUGCAGGGACUUCUCUGGGAGGACUUAAGAGGCCCCACAGUAACUGCGAAUGAAGCAAUAUACCACUAACCUGCAGAAAAACAAAAACAUUCUCCCACUGUCUCCAGAAGUCGUGGCCUUCCAGAACAGUCUGCCCCUACAGGAAGGGUGGGGCAGGCAGUACCCCAAGCAGUCUGCUCCUAGAGGUGGGAAACCCUUCAUAGAAAACCCUCGGUCCACCCCAGAGACCUUGCUCUUCCACCUGGAGGCCAAGAGCCAACUCUACCCCAAAAGCACCGGAGGAGGUUGGCAAGAAGAGCCCUGACCACAUCCUCGUGUUUGUGUGUAGAACAGGGACCACAGUGAGAACCUGGCCCCAUUAUAGCACAGUAUUACAUAUUACACGUGGUUGAGAAAAAGAAAAAAAAAAAUACCGUGGUGUGGAAUACUUCAAAUCCUAGAAAUGCUGUAGGAAUAAAUCUGUGGUAACUAUAGAGAUUUAACUUAUAUCAUCUUCAAAAUAUUUAAUUUUUCUUUUCCUUGUUCUACUAAUUAUACUGUGUCAGAUUUGAAACUAAACAGGCAGGGAGGCUUUGAAGCGCACUGUUUUCGUUUGAAGCCAGGUGUGAUGCCCUUUGGCCCAUGCCCUCCUGCAUGCAGCUCGGGAGCCCCAAGUGCCUGGUUCAGCCUGGAUGCUGCUGAGGGUGACCCUUGGCAAUUUCUUUGCUAGAGAACAGCGAUGGUGGUGUUUCUGCGAGUGAAGUAGCUUUCCACCCUCCUUUCCCUCCCCCUUCACCCACUCCCUUCAGAGCAUUUGUAGGUGAACAUGUGGUGAUAGACACAGGGGCAUGACUGGCAGGUAAAAUGAGCAAGGCUUUUGCCGCUUGGUUAGAAAAAGGCCACCUGACUUGCUCUCAUUUGAUUCCAUUUUACCUCCUUUUUUGAACUCUGUUUUCCAGAAAUAGGCUGUUUCUGGAUUAUGGAACCCAGGCAGACCUGGGCCUACUGGGACCAUGCUUCUUCUCUCUCUCUCUUUCUCUCUCUCAUCUCUAUCUCUCUCUGCCUCUGGGGCUUGGAGUCUAAAGUCCAGAGUUUUCAAGUCCCAGCCCUGUUCACUUAGGAGCUGUGUGACUUUGGGCACACCCCUGCACCUCAUUGAGCCUUGCUUUUCUUCCCCAUUAAAUGAGGCUAACAAAGAUCAGGUGAAAGAAAGCCAGCUGGGUAGAGUGGAAAGGGUUGUGCCACCAUGACCGCUCUUGUUAUUAUCAUUAGGAAGGUGAAUCUUUCAGACCUGAAACUAUCCAGAACUUCUUUUGAGAAGUGAGCAGUGGAAGUUUCCUACCAACUUACUGAGAGUCCAAAGCACAGCCCUUACAUCUCUAUGCCCUGAAGGUGCUUAAAAUGCUAUCCUUAGCAUCUCCUCCCAUUGGAUUAGGUUUUAGCUUCUCCUCUGGUCCUCCUUUAAAAGGUGAACACAUCCGAGGGAGAGGCCUGUGAGUCCUGAUACCUGGGUGUGGGGGUAGAAAGCCACCCUACCUUGUCUGUAGGACUAGUGCUGAGCCCACCUCAUGGAAAGAGGACUCGGGAAAGGGCACGUGAGAAUGCCAGGGAGGGCCCAGGGAUGGACAUGCCCUCUUGUUUUGCCUGGAGCAUUUAACACUUUGCUUUUAAUCCAGGAUCUGAAAGGUCCUCUGUCUUUGGGCAUAGAAAGAUAUCCCCAUUUUCCAGAGAGUAAGGCUUGGAACCUACCCACAAUUUGACCUGUGACUGAGAGUCGGGGCUGAAUCAGGCUCCAAAAGUCAUUCAUUUGCAAGGAUGCUGUGCUAUUCAGCCAGGACACAAGACUUCUCAUUGUUAUCCCAGAGAUACUCCUAGACUUUAAAUCCAGUCACCUCCCAGGCAAAAUUCUGCCAUGAAUAUCAGAUGAAAAGUAAAAAUUUGAAUGGGCAAAUGUGUUGUCUGACAUACAUCACACCAAUCAGGCUGUGUGCUUUUUUCUCUGAAUUGACUGAUUUUGUUUUUCCUUGCUGACAACGGACCACUGUGCUUCCCAGAAAUACCUGAAAGCAGAGCCUUAGCUGUUGUCUUUAAGCAUCUGUUUUUUCCCCAUUGGGAAUGGUUGGUCCGUUCACAUUACAGAGAGAGUGCACGGAGAUGGCAGACGCCUGCCUCCCCACUUACCCAGCCCAAAUCUGAGCCUUGAUGCAGAACAGUGGAAAGCUGCCCCCUCCUCAUCUGGCCCUCUGCAUGUCUCCGCCCUCCACAUCACUCAGUCUUACCAGGUCCACUGAGCGUUGGCAUUUUCUUCCUGACUCCUGCCUGUUUUAGUCCACUAUAUAUUGCUGUAUUUGCUUAAAUGCUGGAAAGUAACUGUUAAAAUGUGAAACUGUAAUUUUUUAAAGGCUAUGAUUAAAUUAUAGCCAAUGCCACUUACCAAAUCUUUGCACCUAGUAGAUAGAUCAAUGUAAAAACAAAUACCAGAAACCUAACUGUACAGUGAGUGUGGGGGAAAUGUAGUAACCUAGUUAGUAGUCCUCAAUAUAACCAAUUGUACAAGGGGAAGUGGUGUUUACCUACUUGUUCAUCACCAUUAUUGAAAGCUGUACUGAUCAGUUAGUUGAUAACGGGCAUUUUCUCUUUCUUUUUUUUCUUUUUUGGGCUUCACGGAAUGAUUUCUUAACCUUCAACUUAUCCCUAGGUCAAGCCUUUGCUUUUCUGUGUAACUGAUGUGCAGUCUGUUUUAGGAAUGAACCAGCAAGAUGUUCAUUUAAAACUGACCAAAGACAGUUAAUUCCUGGUCUAGUUUCCUGGGCCACCUGGCCCUGCUGCCACUAAAGACCUUUCUGGGAUAAAAUUGAGAACAAGCCGUGCUUUCACCUCCACUCUCCUUCCCCACCCUCCCUUACUUCCUUUUCCUCUUAAAGUGCUGCUCUGAGCUGUGGGAUUCUAUGAAAAAUCCUUGCCUUUCCUUGUUUUCAGUGCUAACGAUUUCUCACCUCGAAGCGCCUUUUGAACCCUGGGCAGAGCACACAAUUGGAGGGAAUUGUGGGCUUGGGAAUUAGUCUUGGGAGUCUUUUAUCUGAAGUCACCAGGGGCCAGGAAAGAAAUGGAUUCCCAAGGGAAGGACGGUUUCUAUUCGUGAAGAAACUGGAGUGGGAAGAGACACAGGGAAACUUAGCCAUCUUUUGGCUACCAGCUGGAACCAGAAGUUCAGAGAUCUGCCUUAUAAACAUUUAAAACUGGCUUUGGUACCCAAAAGGGAGCUGUGUGGGGCCAGACUUCCUGCUCUGCCGGCAUCCUUGGAGUGCCUUGGUAGGUGUAGCUCUCUUGUUCAGGAGGCGUGGAUGCAUGUGGAGAACUUCUCGUGACCUGGCCAUGCAUGCUGUGCGUGGAGAAGACCCCGAGGACUAACACCAUGGCUCUUCCUCUCAGUCUGUCUAUUCCUUGCUUUUCACGUGUCAGAUGGUUCCACACUAGAGCAGAGGCCUCCUUCUCCCGAGGAGCCCAGCAAGGGCCUGGCUGGCUCACAACCAAGGUGGUAGGCUCUGCCCAGUAGGGAGGGGAAGGGCGGUGGGAAGGAGGCAGACAGGGGUGAGCGAGCAUUGCCCGGCUGAUUUUCUGCUGUGCAGAGCAGAGGCUGACGUUUCAUGUCAGCUUCCCUGGCUCUCCGGGGCCCCCUCUCUUCUGAGAAGCCAUGUGGAGAAUUCCCCACACACCCAACGCUGCCAGGGGAGCUGAGAAAGGACUUUGCUGUCAGGUCUGAGUCCUCCCGGCCUCUCUGAGGUUGAUCUGCCAGUAUCCCAUUGUCCCAUUCUCUGGGGUGGCCAAAUGGUCACUGCUGCCCCUGGCUGACACCUCCUGUCUGUGUGAACUGUCCCAGGCAAAAAACAAAGCUGUUCCUUGAACCCAAACAACUUGAGUGCACUUUUCCUUCCUUAGACAGAAGCUGAGCCUGGCUGGAGUUCUGCUCAGGCCCAUGCUCCCGGCAGUGUGACUGUUUACAUGGCUUGGCAGUAGGUUUGGUUCUGAUUGCUUCAGAGUGGCUGGUCUAUUUUGUUUCCUUUGGUUUCCUUCCUCCCCAAAUUGUGACAGGAAAAACAAACCAAAACCACCCUAGGGAAUUGCUGGUUGCCUGUCUCCACUUGAUAAGUGUUGCCCUCUUCUGGGUAUUGUUUCUCUACCUUCUAACCAAACGCCCGUCCUCCUAUAGAGUGUCUGAUUGGAUCCUCUGUUUUGUAUUCUGAUGGUGCCUGCUGGUUUGACGUGGAGCUCUCCUGUGAAAUAAAACAGCUUAACUUUU